AUGUUAUCGGUUAUAAUUUUAGGUGGACAACGGCAACAAUCUGUCAGCCUGAAAUCCACCACGCAAGUGCCAGUCAUCAUCAGUUCCCAGACCCAACCCCAGAAGAGUUCAUCCCUGGGUAUCACAAGUAUUGGCAGCAGUAACAGCACUUCCAUGUCUGUAUCUACCAGCAAUCAACAAAUCAUCAUCCAGCCUCCUCCUCCAAAGCAAGUCAAAAACAAAUCUCUGCUCUGCAAACCAUUUGUACAGACCAAAGCCACAUCAUGCCGUCCUCAUACACAAAGCAAAGAAGUACAAACAGAUGGAGAAGCUGAAGCCAAAACUCUUUUUGUUCCUGUACCAGUACCUAUUUACGUCCCAUUGCCAAUGCCCAUGUACAAUACAUUGACACCCUUUCCAUUUGCUGUACCUCUCCCAGUACCUAUCCCAUGUUUUAUACCAACCACAAAGAAAUCAUCUGCCAGUAUUCUGAAACACAUUAAAGAGAUACAAGAAAAAAUCCCAGCUGACCCAUUUGAAGCCGAGUUGUUGAUGAUGGCUGAAGCUGUAGCUAAUGCUGAGCAAAGCUCGAGUGAAGAAGAGGAGGAGAUUGACCAGCCUGGGAAUGACAUCGAUGGUGAUGAUAAACUGACCAAUACCAGCCAAGUGUCUGCUGCUGCAGCUGCUGCUGCCGCCGCCGCUGCUGCUGCUGCUGUUGCUGCCUCUACUCCUCAGUGUGAAAACUCUACUGCCCCAAAUACAGUGACCAACUGUAACAAGGACUUUGAUGAUGAGGUCCUCCAAAUGUCAUUGAAUAUCACUGCUGCUGAAAUCUCGGAACCCUCUCUAGAUCUGGAAUCUUUCCUUGAAUUUACACCUCCACUUGGCUCAUCUAAUUCAACUUCUGAUCUAAAGAAUCGAACUGACCUCAAGUCCAAACAAGUAGGACGUGGUGGUAAUAAGCGUGCUGCAGUAACCAGUGCACGAGGCGGUCGACGUAAUAAGCGCAUACGUGUUGUAGAAGAUGAGUCCCCACUGCUGGAAGGAGAAGGUGAUAAUGCUGAUGGACAGCAUGUAUCUCCCGACUCUAAUAUGCAUCUUAAAUAUACAUAUGGUGUCUAUGCAUGGCGACAGUGGGUUGUACAGAAAAAUGCUCAACUUGAGAAAGUUUCCAAAUCGGGGCCUGGCCGAUUAAAACUCUUCAAGACGGAUCUUCUCCAGUGUACUCCUGAUGAAUUGAAUUACUCGCUUUGCCUUUUUGUUAAAGAGGUGCGGAAGCCAAACAAAGAAGAAUACUCACCAGAUAGUAUACAUUAUCUGUGUCUGGGCAUCCAACAAUAUCUAUUUGAAAAUGGAAGAAUUGACAACAUUUUCACAGACAUGUACUAUGAGAAAUUUACAGAAUGUCUAAAUGAAAUUUUGAUGCGUUAUGAACCCAGAGUCAAUGGACUUGGUCAGUUAGUGUGCCGCAUAGAGGAGGAACACUUAUGGGAGUGCAAACAAUUGGGUGCCCACUCGCCCCAUGUCCUACUGAACACACUCAUCUACUUUAAUACCAAACACUUUCUACUAAAGAAUCCUGAAGACCACAUCAAGUUGUCCUUCACUCAUAUCAUGAAACACUGGAAGAAAGGCACACCUGGAAAAGGAGGUUCCGGGCGCUGUGUUUACCUCAGAUAUUACUGCAAUGCAGAUGCUAUUAACCAAAAGAAACGUCGAGAAGAGCUGCCUGUCUAUGAACAGUGUGAAAACUUGGAGAAUCCAUUGAGAUGUCCUGUGAAACUGUAUGAAUUCUAUUUGUCGAAAUGCCCAGAGAGUAUUAAGAAUCGUAAUGAUGUAUUCUACCUGAUACCUGAAAGGUCCUGUGUACCCGACAGUCCUGUAUGGUAUUCGACUCAGUCGCUCUCCAGUGACUUGAUGACCAAGAUGUUGAAUCGGAUACGAUUAGUAAAAGAAAUUCAAGAAGCAGCCAUGAACACACAGCCAGUCUAUGUGUGA